ACUCUCCAUCCCUGCGCAUCUCUUUCUUUUUCCUUUUAUCUUUUCAGAAAGUUUAAUACGCUAACGUUUAAAAAAGCGAUGCAUUCUUAUUUCCCCAUUCCUGUAUUACAGCAACUAGUAAAAUACUCAUCCUUAAUACAGGAAUUGGUCUUUGACAAUUCUUAUUUCCCCAUUCCUGUAUUACAGCAACUAGUAAAAUACUCAUCCUUCAUACAGGAAUUGGUCUUUGACAAAAAAAGGAAGAAAAUACAGGAAUUGGUCGCUACAAUACCUCAACUGUCCCCCCCACGACUAUUUAACCAAGAAUUCUUCCUUUCUUCUUUACAAAUCACUCUCCCUUGAAUAACCUGAAGGAGAAGAUCAGCAAUGGAGAUGAGUUAUCUUCCUCUCUUCAUUUUUGCUCUCUUUGUUUUCACUUGCAGUGAGUAUUCUCUCAAAAAUCUCUUGUAUGGUUUUUUUCUUCUUUUUCUCUGUUACAUGUUUAUGGUUCCUUGCAGGUGCAGAUAUCUCCAACAAGGUGGGAAUAAACUGGGGCAGCCUGGGAAACGACCUCCCACCACCUCCGCAGUCAGUGGAGCUCGUCAAAUCUCUCGGAGCCAAAGGCGUCAAAAUCUACGACGCUGACCCAGACAUCCUCAAUGCUCUCAAGAACACCGACAUUGUAGUCUCCAUCAUGGUACCGAAUGAAAUCAUUCCCAACAUCUCCAAAAGCCAAUAUCUCUCCGAUAAAUGGGUUCAAGCCAAUGUCGUGCCUUUUUAUCCCGAGGUAAAAAUCCGGUAUCUACUUGUCGGAAACGAAAUCCUCACGAACCCUGAUAAUGGGACGUGGUACAAUCUUGUGCCGGCCAUGCGUCGAAUCAAGAGUUCCUUGAAAACCCACAAUAUCCACAAGGUCAAAGUUGGAACCCCAUCGGCAAUGAACGUCCUGGAAUCGUCAUUCCCACCUUCAAAUGGAACAUUCCGGUCGGAUAUUUCGGCUCCGAUAAUUAAUCCAUUGCUCCGGUUUCUGAACCGGACGAAAUCUUUUUUCUUCGUUGACAUCUACCCUUAUUUCCCUUGGGCCGAAAACCCGAAAGACAUCAGUCUCGAUUAUGCUCUUUUCCGGUCAAAAAAUAUAACGUACUCCGACCCGGUCACCAACUUAACCUACACCAACCUGUUUGACCAAAUGAUUGAUUCUCUCGUCUUCGCCAUGAAACGUCUCGGGUACCCAGAUAUCCGGAUCUUCAUUGCGGAAACGGGUUGGCCCAAUAACGGAGAUCUCGACCAAAUCGGUGCAAAUAUUCACAAUGCCGCCAUUUACAACCGCAACGUAGUAAAAAAGCUUACCACCAAACCCGCCAUUGGCACCCCAGCCCGACCCGGAUCUACAAUACCUUCUUUCAUUUUUGCAUUAUACAAUGAGAAUCAGAAACCGGGCCCUGGUACGGAGCGGCAUUUUGGGUUGCUACACCCUAACGGUUCAAAAGUAUUCGAGAUCGAUCUCAGUGGAGAGACGCCUGAAUCAGAGUAUAAACAGCCGUUACCGGCACCGAUGAAUAAUGAACCGUAUAAAGGAAAGGCAUGGUGCGUAGUGGCUGAAGGAGCUAACAGUACAGCGUUGGCAGAUGCGAUGUCGUAUGCGUGCUCGCAGGGGAACAAAACUUGCGAGCAGAUCCAGUUAGGGAACCAGUGUUAUAAACCGGAAUCGUUGAUUUGGCACGCGAGCUAUGCGUUUAGUUCGUAUUGGGCCCAGUUCAAGAAGGCGGGUGGGUCCUGUUAUUUCAACGGGUUAGCAACUCAGACCGCAAAAGAUCCAAGUUUUGGGCACUGCAAGUUUCCAAGUGUGAUUUUUUGAGGCUGAAUUUGGUUGAGAAUUAGUUAUGUAUUUAAAUUAGUUGUUAGUGGUAAAUUUAAGUUUGGAAUGAGAUGAUAUAAAUAUUUUAGACAUUAAAUUCGGAUUAACGGUCAACGUUCUUCGGGUAAGUUCUGUUUUGUUUUUUUUUUUUUUUUAAAUAUAUUGUGUAUUGGGGCUCCAUAGGAUCCGACAGCUUUUUUUCUCUAGCUGUUGGGACCAAUUGUGGGUAUUCCAUGUAUUCUUUGUUCUUGGAUUCUGCCCAAAAGAAAGAAAAAAAGGAAAAAAAAAAAACCAUGACGUAAUUAAGCCAAA